CGCGCGCGCGGGGUCGCGCGCGCGCGCAUGGUCUCCGUCGGCGGCAGCAGCAGCACGACGUCGGUGACGCGCGCUCAAAAAUGACCGCAUCUCACGACGUCGCGCCGCUCGCCGUCGCGCCUGCGAGCUGCCGCACACGAGAGAGCGCCGCGCUCGCCCGCCGCCGCGGACCCAAAAAAAACUCCGAACCCUCCAUAGGCCAUGUCCCACCGAAAAUUUGAAGCGCCCCGCCACGGGAACCUCGGGUUCCUCCCGAAGAAGCGCACGCGCCACCAUCACGGCCGGGUGCGGUCGUUCCCCAAGGACGACGCGUCCAAGCCCUGCCACCUCACGGCCUUCAUGGCCUACAAGGCGGGCAUGACGCACGUCGUGCGCGACGUCGACCGCCCGGGCUCCAAGGUGCACAAGAAGGAGAUCGUCGAGGCCGUCACGGUGCUCGAGGCGCCCCCCAUGGUCGUCGUCGGCCUCGUCGGCUAUGUCGAGACGCCGCGGGGCCUCCGGUCCCUCGCGACGGUCUGGGCCGCCUUCCUCUCCGAGGAGGUGAAGCGCCGCUUCUACAAGAACUGGUACAAGUCGAAGCGCAAGGCCAUGACCAAGUACGCGGCCAAGUACAGCGCGUCCGACGGCGGCGAGAAGGACGUCGACCGCGAGCUCGAGCGCAUCAAGAAGUACUGCUCCGUCGUGCGCGUCAUCGCGCACACGCAGGUGAAGAAGCUCAAGCUCCGCCAGAAGAAGGCCCACGUCAUGGAGAUCCAGGUCAACGGCGGCGCGGACGUCGCGGCCAAGGUCGACUACGCCAAGGGCCUCUUCGAGCAGGAGGUGCCCGUGGACACGGUCUUCAACGCCAACGAGAUGAUCGACGUCCUCGGCGCCACGCGGGGCCACGGCACGGAGGGCGUCGUCACGCGCUGGGGCGUCACGCGCCUCCCGCGGAAGACGCACCGCGGCCUCCGCAAGGUCGCGUGCAUCGGCGCGUGGCACCCGAGCCGCGUGUCCUUCACCGUGGCGCGCAGCGGCCAGAACGGCUACCACCACCGCACGGAGAUGAACAAGAAGAUCUACCGCAUCGGCAAGUCCGGCGACGCCAAGUCCGCCUCCACGGAGGCGGACCUCACGGAGAAGUCCAUCACGCCCAUGGGCGGCUUCCCCCACUACGGCGAGGUCAACGAGGACUGGAUCAUGGUCAAGGGCUGCGUCGUCGGCUCGAAGAAGCGCUGCCUCACGCUCCGCCAGUCGCUCAUCGCGCACUCGAAGCGCGCGCACCUCGAGGAGGUCAACCUCAAGUUCAUCGACACGUCCUCCAAGUUCGGCCACGGCCGCUUCCAGACCGACGAGGAGAAGGCCAAGUUCCUCGGGCCCCUCGCGUCCAAGAACCGCGCCUAGGCGCGCGCGGCUCCCGGCGGCUGGCGCGCGCAGGCGGCGCGCGGCACGUAACCUCUAUUCGACUGC